AAAGGAACGGAACAGAAAUCUUAUCGCCUAUGCCUCUAUCUAUCCACCUAUCUGUCUGUGCUGUGGGGCGUUCCGUUUCCAUCCAUUGAUCCAUCGGCGCUGCGCCCAUCCUCCAUCCUGGCUGACAAACACGUCCAAGCCGCUGCUAGCUGCUGCUUGCCCCGCCUGUGCGUGCGUGCCUGCAUGUAGGCCAACCGCCUCACCUUAUCUCCCUCCCAUCAUUGCCUCCUCCUCCUCCUCCUUCUGAUCUAUCCAGCUGCCCGUCCGGUGGUGCGUCGUCCCAUCUCCCUCCUCAUCAUCCCUUCUUUCUCCGGCGGUGGCAGCGCCGCCUGGUCACGCCGGAGGAGGAGGAAGAAGGGAGCAUCGCUUGGCGCUCCUCGGCCGGGGCUGAUCGACCGUGUUCGUGCACGAUCAUCAGGGCGAGGGCAGUAGGUUUUCACGCCUUUGGAGGAGGAAGAAAGCGGUGAUCCAUGCAUGGAUGGCAAAGACCUCAUCGCACCGUCCGACCUGCCGCCAUUCUACGCGCAGCAGCAGCACCUACGCAUGCUCGGCGGCACCGGCGGCGGCGGGGGGCAGCAUAGCCCCUCCUCGCUCGCCGGGAUGCACUCCGUCAUCCGCCCCAUGCCCAACAUGAGCAUGAGCCCCACCGCCAUCCUCCAGUCCAUCGGCGGCGCCGGCGGGGGCGCCUCCUCGCUCGCUGCCAUGCAGUUCCAGAUGGACAACAACGCCCAGUCGCCCUCGCCUUCCUCCAUCAUGCAGCAGCAGCACAACACCAUGGGCGGCUCCGUCUCCGGCUCCGGGACCAUGCCGGUCGCCAGCCCGCCGCCGGAGCCCGUCAAGCGGAAGCGCGGCCGGCCGCGCAAGUACGGGCCCGACGGCGCCAUGAAACACCACGUGUCCUCGUCCUCCUCGUCGGCGCAUCAUCAUCAGCAGCAGCAUCAGCAUCAGAUGAUGGGCGCGCCGCAGCAGAGGAUGGGGCCGAUGUCCGGGCAGGGCAUGGCCGGCGGGCUUGACGACGCCGCCCAGAAGAAGAAGCGCGGCCGGCCGCCCGGCACCGGGAAGAAGCUCUCCUCAACCACCAGUAAACCCUCCGGCAAUGCGUUCCCCGGUUCAGCUGGGACGAGCUUCACUCCCCACAUCAUCACAGCAUCUCCUUCAGAGGAUGUCGCCGGGAAGAUCGCGGCAUUCGCGAGCCAGUCGCCGAGGGCGGUAUGCGUGCUCUCGGCGAUGGGCUCCGUCUCCAGGGCCGUCCUCCGCCACCCGGCAGAUCAUCCUCCUUCCUACAACAAUCCCUCCAUUUACGAGGGAUUGUAUGAAAUCCUGAGUUUAUCUGGCUCUUACAAUCUGAACGAGGGCCAGCAAAAUCAAACCGAUGGGAUCAGCGUCACGCUCUGCAGCCCGGAGAGGCAUGUCAUUGGAGGUGUUCUGGGUGGAGCAUUGGUAGCUGCCAGUACUGUGCAGGUGGUGCUAGGGACUUUUGUGCAAGGAGGGUCCAAAUCGAAGUCCAAGAAAGCCGUGAAACCGCCGGCGGCCUUUGGUCCCGAGUCGCUCGCCGGCGCUGGGCCAGACGUGGCGUCACCCAGCUCAGGACAUAACCAAAACCUAACGCCGCCCUCCAUUGUAACGACGGGAGGAUGGCCUAGCUCUGGGAUAUUUGACACGCGAAGCUCCAAUAUUGAUAUCAACUCUUCUAGAGGAUAGCUCAUAUUUGUCGACACUUCCAUCUCGAGAGAGAUUUUUCUGUUCCCGAAAAGAAUACCAAAUGUAUACUUUGAAAUAGCCCAUUUGGUUUUUGAGAUCAUUCUUAUAGAUUACUCUCCAGGCUGUGUUUCUGUUGCAUCAAUAUAAUUUUGUUUAUAUUUCA